AUGGACCAUGGGCUGUUCGUAGUCACGCUGGCGACCCACGGCCAGGCGGAGGUCAAUCAGACCUUCCACAAUCCAAUCUUGCCAGGUUGGAACUCGGAUCCCAGUUGCACAUUCGUCAAAGAGCUAGACGAUACCUUUUUCUGCACGACGUCGUCUUUCUUGGCCUUCCCUGGUGUGCCCGUCUACGCGAGCAAAGACUUGGUAAACUGGAAGCAUGCGAGCAACGCCUUGACGAAGGCGGACCAGUUGCCGGAACUCUACAGAAACUCGGGACAGUCAGAGGGCAUCUGGGCAUCAACUAUUAGAUAUCAUGAGGGAACCUUCUACCUGAUCACAUCAUACGUCUCGUGGUUCGAAGGGUGGGGGCCGAAGAUUCUCUUGUUCACGACCAAGGACCCGUACGACGACUCCGCUUGGACUGGUCCCGUCCACAUCGAGAACCCGGCCAACGACAUUGAUCCGGACAUAUUCUGGGAUUCUGGCAAGGUGUAUAUGUCCGUUGCGGCGGGAAUCUACAUCAGUGAGAUUGAUCUCACGACAGGCUCUGCGACGGAACCACUCAAGGUCUGGAACGGAACUGGAGACCGCAAUCCGGAGGGUCCUCAUUUGUACAGCAAGGAUGGCUACUACUACCUGUUGAUCGGAGAGGGUGGUACAGAGACAAAUCACUCCGUCACUAUUGCUCGCGGAAAGGAGAUCGGAGGGCCUUAUGAGGGUUUUGAAGGUAACCCGAUCCUCACUGCCAAAAACACAAACGAGUAUUUCCAGACGGUUGGACAUGCCGACCUCUUUCAGGAUGCGGCUGGAAAUUGGUGGGGCGUGGCUCUUGCGACUAGAUCUGGACCAGCAUGGGAGAUCUACCCUAUGGGUCGAGAGACGGUCCUUUUCGCCGUCACUUGGGAUGAGGGUGAGUGGCCAGUCUUGGAUAAGGUGCGAGGAACAAUGACCGGACCACUACCUCCUACAAACAAGAAUAUUCCAGGGGAUGGACAUUGGGCAGAUGAGCCCGAUGUCGUCGACUUUGCACCCGGCUCAGCUCUCCCCAGGCACUUCGUCUUUUGGCGCCCUCCGAAAGAGUCCCUCUUUUCCAUUUCUUCCGAUGGACACCCGAACACACUUGGAAUAUCGCCUUCGCCCGUCAAUCUCUCGGGAACACCAGACUUCAAUCUACAAGAGGAUGGCCUCGGCUUCAUCGCACGCAAACAGAGUGCCACAUUGUUCAACUACACCGUCGAUGUUGACUUUAAGCCGGAGGUCGAAGAGGAAGAGGCAGGCGUCACGGUGUUCCUGACCCAGGUUCAGCACAUUGAUCUUGGAAUCGUCAACUUGCCAGGCUGCUCCAACACAACUUUGGUUCCGCACUUUAGAUUCCGUGUGGAAGCAUCUGGCAAACCCAACAUCACCGUACCAGAUGAGGUAGUUCUCCCAGUUCCCAAAGCCUGGCGGUCUGGUCCGGUGCGUUUAUUCGCAUCGGCUGUUAGCGACUCUGAGUACGUUUUCGGCGCUGCUCCAAUCUCUAAGCCCGAAGAGUACGUUCAAAUCGGAUCUGCAAGUGGUUUGAUCGUCUCUGGAGGUAGCGGUCCAUUCACUGGCACAAUCGUCGGAGCAUAUGCAACGAACAAUGGUGGGGAGGGCAAGACACCGGCGUACUUCAGCCGAUGGAGAUACACCGAAGUUGCGCAGAAGAUAGACAAUGACGAAGUUGUACCAGUCAACUGA